AUGGAGCCGCAGCAGAUCGACGAGAUAUACGAUCUGGUUGUGAUAGGAGCUGGAUGGUCUGGUCUAGUCUCAGCGAAGACAUUCCUCCAAGUCAACCCUGGGGCAAACUUGUUGAUAAUCGACAGCGACUCAAGCGUUGGAGGGACAUGGAGCCGGCAAAGAUUAUAUCCCAACCUCCGAUGUGAAGCAGGAUGGGGGUACUUCCACUUCUCGGAUCUACCAAUGGAUCACGAAGGGAUCGAAAGUGACGGCUGGAUUCCGGGCGCUGCUGUCAACCGCUACCUGGAGCAAUACGCUACUGCUUUCAAUCUCCAUCAGCGUACAUUACUGAAUACGACGGUCCAAAGUGUUCAGCGAUGGAAUGAAACUGGCCAUUGGCAACUUCAAGUUCUCUCGACCGAAACAACGCAGACUUCAAUCCGAUGCAACAAGCUCAUUGUCGCUACUGGCCUGACUUCGACGCCCAAUGUUCCCCAACUUGACCGACGCAAUUACCAACGCCCGGUUUUCCAUUCCAAAGAUCUCGGCCUUCCAACGACUCAAGAUGUUCUCACUGGUCCAAAAGUCGAAAAAGUUACCGUCUAUGGUGGAUCGAAGUCGGCGUUUGAAGCUGUGUACUUUCUGUAUCUUGCGGGCAAGAGGAUCGAUUGGAUCAUCCGACCGGAUGGCGGAGGACCGUCUUUAAUGACUCCAUUGAAGAUGCUCGGCAUAUUCUCCAGUUUCGACCUGAACAAUACCCGAUUCUUCGGCGUCCUUUCUCCCAAUCCCUUCGACACAACCAGCGUCUGGCACAGACUUUUCCGCGGCUCCCAGAGACUCGCGAUCGCGGAUUGGUUUAUCUUGACGUUCUGGCGAGUCACCACAUGGAUGAUGGCUUACUCUGCAGGAUAUGGCCGGAGUUCCAAUGGCGAAAAGUUAAGGCCGAAGCUGGGGAAUGAAUCUUCGUUCUGGAGUCCCGCCACGUUGGGAGUCAUGACAUGUCCGGGCCUGUGGGAUGCGAUACACAGUAGCGGUCAAAUCACCGUCCAUCGGAGUACAAUUCAAAGGCUGACAGAAGGCGCCGUCGAGCUUGACAAGGGGACCAGGCUCACGAGUGACGCUGCCGUCCUGGCCACAGGCUGGCAAGCCAAUCACGACAUUUUUCCCGCAGACACUCGAGCGGCUCUUGGUCUCCCCAGUCCCUCAAACGGACCCGUCGCAUCCACAGAGGAGGCCCGGUGGCGUUCCCUGAAAUCACAAGCCGAUCAGAAAAUCAUCCAGGAGCUCCCAUUACUCUCCCGAAGCCCUCCAGGAUGGGAAAGCUCCAGCCUGAAUGACUACCGCCUCUAUCGAUUCCUCGUGCCCGUGGCGGAAGAGUACGCCGACAAGUCAAUUGCAUACAUAGGUUUUCUACGCAAUACUGGUCUUCCGAUCGUGCUCGAAGCCCAGGCUCUCUGGAUCACGGCAUAUCUAUCGGGACACCUCAACAUCCCUGAUCAACCUGCCAGAGAGUUGGAGGCGGCACGUACGAGCGCUUGGAUUCGGAGACGAUACGUGUGUGGAAGGAAAGUGCCAUUUGCGCUUGUGGACUGGUUCUCGUACAUCGAUGUCAUUUAUAGCGACCUUGGGAUUUGCAGUCACCGGAAGGGAUCCUGGCUUUCGGAGAACUUCGCGGUCUACAAACCGGAGGACUUUAGAGGUGUUGUGGAUGAAUGGAGGACUCGUGGUGGGAAGAAACCUGAGCUGGAAUCAAAAUCAAGUCCUGCUCCGCGAUCAACGUUCAUCGCAGCAGGACUUCUGGCCACAGCUUUGGUUGUCUACUUGAGCUAUGUGACGCUUCUGAAGCCGGGUUAUCCCGUCUCACGGGUGGAGGUGUAG